AUACGCUUCUCUUGUGUCAUGUGACUUUGACAACCUAAACAUUCAACAUUCCAAUUCUGUCAAGUGAAUGUAUAUUAUGCUGCUCGUUGUUUUUCUCAAUCAGACGCAUCUUGACUGCAAAGAUGGCCUUUUCUCUUCGCUCCUUGAGCCUCCUUUGUGUGAUCUGCGGACUGCUGACUGGAGGCUCGACUUUCAUUCUACUCCAAAAGCGAAUAAAUAACUGUCCGUCAGGCUGGAGUCAGUUCAACUGUAACUGUUACAUCUACCAAGAUGAAGGAAGGACCUUUGCCGAUGCACAGGGAGUCUGCACCAUUCUCGGUGGGAAUUUGGUUUCCAUCCAGAAUGACCUGGAAAAUGUAUUCGUUCAGGAACUGGCCACAGCGGGUGGUAACACUGACGUAGUCUGGAUCGGACUCAAUGAUACAGCGACGGCUGAUACCUACGAAUGGACUGAUGGUUCAGCCAAUACUUUCCUUAACUUUGACACUGUAAAUGGCGAGCCAGACAGCACCACUGGUGACUGCGUAGUGCUCGAUGAGGAUGAUGGACUUUGGGAAACUGCGAGCUGCACGGAUGAGGAGCCAUACAUUUGCAUCAGACCAACACAUUAAUAGUCUCAUGGAACGUAGCAAAUGACAAACUGAACACUAUCCUCUCGGCCUCUACUCUACUACUUAUUCAAGUUAAAUGUUUACUAUAAAUGUUGCCUUUCAUCCUUAAAAUUGUCUGUUCAUCCAAUCGCUCCCGCUGUGCCACGCAAUAAGACCAACAGAUGGCGCCAUUGCAACAGAGGCGUAAAAAGCUCAUCGAAUUACAACGUAUAUGUACUAUAACGACGACGACAGACGAGACCAGAACAAUCCGGCAGGGGUGUGACACGCAGACAGGACUUAUAUACGCGACAGGUAAUGAGAGGCAGAUGACUGUGAUUAGUACAUACGUAGAUUGAAAGUCGACACACUGACAGAACUAAUGGCAACCUACACAUAAUGGACUGACCGGGGGCGAGUCGUGACGCUCGUAAAGGUCACAGGUAAACUGAAGCCUAUCCCAGAUGACUUAAUUUAGAGUCUUGCGUGGACCUAACAUGACAACUGCAGCUAGUGAGAACAACUGAACAGAAAGACGAAACAAGACGAGAACAGACAAGCAACUAGAAUAACAAUAAGCCAUGAGACGCAGACAGGACAGGUAACGAGAGGCAGGCGAUGGCAAUUGCAUAGAUUGUGAGCAGACAC